AUGGCGUUAGCGAUACCAAGAAAGUAUCUUUUUGGAGCAUAUCUUGCGGCUAGCACAGCUUUAACAGCAUAUGCGAUAAAUCAAGCACUUUGGACCCGGCCAAAUGUAUAUACUGCAGGUAUCGAGCUUUCAAAGGGCAUGAAUAUGCUUAUAUUGACAAAUUGGCUUAUUGGAUGGAGUGUUUUUGUGGGAAAGAUGCUUCAAGAGAUGAUGUUCGGUGAAUUGAGGCUAAUCGAAAUUGAGCAUUUGUAUGAGCGAGCAUGGUUUACAGUGACAAACCUCUUGAUGACCCUGGCAAUGUUCAGGUCAGAGAAUAAUUUGCUUAUCUUUGGGAUGAUCAUGGCUUUGCUUUUCAUGAAGGUUUUCCACUGGAUCUUGGGAGACAGAAUAGAACUUCUUUUCCAAAGACAACAGCAGGAUCCAAACUCGAGUUUGAAGAAGGUUUUAUGGGAUCGGACCACCGGAACGCUGGUGAUUUUUCUUGUGAUGGACUACAAAGUGAUUUCCAGUUGCAUAGACCAUGCUUUUGUACACAGCACGGAUGUUUUUGUGGUGUUUGGGUUGGAUUUCCUCAUGGUCUACCUUGAAUUGCUUGAGGGCGCACUAAAAUUUGCUCUGAACGUGAUGGAAAUGAUCUACUUGAAGUGGUAUCCGGAAGAGGAGGUGUGGGAAGACAAGGUGUGGAUUAGCAAGAUUGGAAUGAUCAUAAUUAGUGUAAUCAGGCUUAUGGCGGUGUUCUUUGUGUUUAUUGGUCUUAUCUAUGCCUACAUAAUACCCGUGAACUUCACCAGAGAUGUAUACGUGGCUAAAAGACUUCUUUUACUUCCUCAAAGUGCUCGUGACUUGGAUGCGCACAUUUCGGAUGCAACAGAGGAAGAUCUGGAUGGUCAAACUAUGUGCAUUAUUUGCAGAGAUGAUAUGACUACAGAUGUGCCGAACAAGCGGGGCAGGAAUGCACCAAAGAAGCUGCCAUGUGGACACGUGCUUCAUUUUGGAUGUCUCAAAAGCUGGCUUGAGAGAUCUCAUUGCUGUCCAACCUGUCGUCGUGAAGUUUUCAACUCGAGCGAAGGGAAUCUGCCUGAAUGGACCCACCAUCAUCAUGUAGAGGGUGAAAAUGGGGCAAAUGGGGAGAAUAGAGAGAAUAUUGGUAAUAUGGAAAAUAUGCAGAAUGCAAAUAACGAGAAUGGCAUUAAUGACGGCAAUGAUGAGAAUAGGCGAAACACUGUAAACGAAGCGAAUGGAGAAAAUGUGAUAAACAGAGAGAGUGAAACAAAUACAAUCAACGAAGAAGCAUCGAGAAUAAGUAAUCAACUGCAAAAUCACACCAAUCAUUCGGGGAGCACACAAAGUCCACCAGAUGAUGAUUCGAUAGAAUAUUCACAUUUUCGCAGCAUGCACAUCCCAAAUGAUGAAUUAAUACCUCCGGGAUGGAACAUUGUCCCACUUAUGAGAAUGCCACUUGCCGAGGGAGGAUCUGGCGGAAAUUUGGAUAAUUCCUAUCGGGUGCUUAUCCAAAAUGAUACUUGCACACUACAGGUAACAGAUGAAUUGAAGGCUGGAUCAAAAAACAUAAAGAAGAAUUACCGGGAAAGAGCAGCCUGA